AUGGAAGCUAUCGAUGCCAUCGAUAGUUGUUGUCAAUCUCGUCAUGAAUGCUAUAAAGAACCACUAGGCUUCAAAGAGUGUAAAACUUUUCAAGGGUAUCCAAAGGAAUGCAGUGAAACUUCGUUCCGUUGUGGAAAGACUUCGAGUAUAUGUCAAAGUGUGUUAUGUGAAUGUGAUAUAGAAUUGAAUCGGUGUAUAUCAAGCUUGACCACAACAACUAAACAAAAAUGCUUAGUUGGUGAAGCAAACAUCAAGCCAACUAACAUUUUAAGCGGUCAAGCUGCUGAAGGUGUAAAAGAUCAAAUUAAUCUAGCUAAGGAAGCGAUCAAGAUUGCUGGCCACAUCAUAAAUAAAGGAAAUGAAGCCGCUAGAAAUGCCAUCGUAAAUGGUGGUGAGGAUGGUGGUGCCGCAAUCGGUGCCUCAUUAGAAUCUGCAUAUGGACCAAUUGGAACUGCAGCUGGUGAAUUUGAUAGAAAGCUUGUUGGUAAAUAUGUUGCUGGAGCUGCUGCUGAUUAUCUUUUGAAAGAUGGAGGUGUUGUUGAUAAGAUUGGGAAUAAAAUUUCAAGCUUUUUUGGUUGA